CGCCGUCCUGCCCUCCGCCAGUCGGCGGGCGCAAUUUCCUGAGCGAGCAACCUGAGUGAGCUCUACCGAGAUUCGUUCGUUUCAUCAAUGAUUGGUGGUCAUGUCCGGAAUUUUCAAAUACAAUCCCAAUCGGUCGGCGGCCAGCACACCGAACCGACGGUCGGCGUUCGGCGUUACCGGAUUCGGUGGAAGUCCCGCACAUCAACAGGAUGCCACUAUGGAUAACUCAUAUUCGAUGGGCUUCCGUUCGCCGUCGAUGAACACCCUGGCCGGACAAAGCUCACCGGCCCAGGGCCGAUCGUUACGAGAGUACGAGGAGCAGAUGUCGGCGCUGCGUAAGGAAAAUUUUAACCUCAAACUGCGGAUCUACUUUCUGGAGGAAAACGCAGGGCUGAAUGGAGCUACCGGUGGUGGCAACACAAGCGGCGGUGCAUCCGGGGUUACGUCACCAACCGAACCGGGAGUGCCGGAGAAUCUGUUCAAGCAGAACAUCGAUCUGAAGGUGGAGGUGGAGUCCCUUCGGAAAGAUCUACAAGACAAACAGGACCUGCUCUGCCAGGCGGCCAAAGCGAUGGAACUGAUGGAGGAUAGUCAGCGAAAGGCCGAAGAGCAGCACCGCGUGGUGGUAGACGACCUAGAGCAGCGACUCGACAUGCUGCAGCAGGAAAUCAAACAACUAGAAGCGGCAGAUCGGUUGCAGCAACAGCAGCAGCACAACCUGUCCCGCAGUCGGUGCAAUGAGACAGGACUGUUGGACUUCCUGGAUAAAAUGGAACAUCAGCAGAAUGCAAACGUACAGGGUCAGCUUGAAAUGCUAGAGUUCGAAAACAAGUUGCGACAGCACGUUGAAGAGAACCAAUUGCUGGGUGAGAAAAUCAGCCACUUGCAACAGCAGUUGGACGAAAAGGAUCGCAAGAUCGGUGCCAUGGGUUCGGAACUGAGCGAACUUCGGUACGAGUGUGCCGAGCUGAAGGAUAAGGUUGAGGAAAGCGAAAAAUCAGCGACGGACGUUGAGAUCGUUCGACUGAAGCAAGCUCUGUUCGAGACCAAGUCGGAGCUGGCCUACAAGCUGUGCCUGCUGAAUGAUGCCGAAACCGGUCUAAAGGAAAAAUCCUCCGAACUAAUCAAGGCGACUAAAAUGAUGGAAAAGCUCUGCAAAACCAUCACCGAUCUGGAGAAGGAAAAUUCGCACCUAAAGCGAAGCUCGAGUUCCGAAUUGCCCCCGAUUACUACUACUACCACCAAAGAAACCACUAAAAAGCUCAUCUCCGACCCGGACAACCAUCCGACGGUUGCUACUACGUCACACCCGUCAUCGCCGCCGAACGUCAUCGUUGACCAGAACCAGCUACCGGUGAGCCAGCAGCAGUACGACUCUUUGCUGACCCGUCUGAAGGUGUUGCAGAAGAAAAACGAUAGCCUAAUCCAGAAGCUGACCGCCGGAUCGAACGAUCGCAGUGAAAACAUCAUCAUCAAGCAGCUGAACGACGAGCUGAUCCAGGCCCGAGACGAAGCGGAGAAGGUGCAACGAUGGCGCAAGGAGUGUGUCGAUGUGUGUGCGAUCUCCACCGCUCGGCUGGAGGAACUGGCCGGUUUUCUGGAUUCCCUACUGAAAAACAAAGAAUUCUGCGGUUCACUGUCGGUGGAUCGCAGGAAGGCGAUGCGACGGGCCGUUGAUCGCAGUUUGGAUCUUUCGCGCAGUUUGAACAUGUCCAUUUCGGUUACCGGUAUGUCGCUACCGGAAAACAGCCUCGUCGGGCUCAGCUGCUUGAGUGGAUUUUUGGCUGAUACCGCAGCCGAUGAUAGCAGCUUCCAAUUCGACAAAGAAAGCAAUAAAGAAAACUUCACGCUCAACUUGCACGAGGAUAGCAGGAUGGCUGGCAGUGCGGCAAAGGAAAUCGAGUGCUUGAGGGCGGAAAAUCGAAAAUUGAAAGGGCAAUUAGAGGAUCGAACAAUGAACCGGUCAAAGAGCAACCAUAGUGAUUCUCGUCGAAAGCUAAUACCGGUACUGACGGAGCCAAUUUCCGACUCGGAAUCAUGGUCUGAACCAGACCGUGAUGUGUCUCUUGCCAGAAUUGGACUAGAAGAACGAUCUUCUCUGACAAAUUCGGCAGGAAAAAAUAAGAACUCGUCUGGUAGAAUACUCCAAGAACUAAGCUCCACUUCUGAGAAUGAAGUAAACAUCGGACACGCGAAGAAACAAACACUAGAACUCAAACAGCUUCAAGAUACGGUGAGCUCGAUGAGCAAUAUCAUUCAGGAAAAGGAUAGCAAAAUUUUGGACAUCCAGAGUCGCAUGGUGGAUCUGGACAAUAAGCUGCAAGAGGAAAGAAUGAAAACGUCUCGCACACAGAUGGAACUGGAGAACACCCGUCAUGUGAAGGAACGCCUAGAGAAGGAAAGUACCAUUCAGGAGGAACGCAUCACCGACAGUGAAAGGCGUAUUGAAGAUCUCACGAAAGAAAUCCAGCAAAAGGACGAAUCCAUAGAGAAACUGAAGAAAGAUCGCGAACAAGCUUUCGUGGAUCUUCGAGUAGCCGUCAUGAAACUUGACACGCUCCGCACGGAGCACAUAGAAAUUCAACAGAAACACAAAGCCCAAAUCGAAUCUCUUCUAGAUCAGGAACGCCACCGACUGGACGAUCUUCGCCGGGAACUGACCGAAUCGUUCGGCAGUCAGCUACGAGCAAAACAAGCUUCAUUCGAAGCGAGCCUAACCGAAAGCUACAUUUCCAAGAACAUCUAUUUGGAAAAAAUUAAAGAAUUGGAUGAACUGCACUAUCGAUUGGAAGAUGCCCAUCUUAACCUUGUCAAUAUGUCCGAGGAAGAGACCCGUCUGAAGGAGCAACUAGCCGAAGCAGAAAAGAAUGUUCAAACGAUGCGCAAAACGUUGGACGAAACAACACUGCAAGCUUCCAAGGCUGCGUUGGAGCGAACCAAGGCACUUAACGAAAAACGCUUACUGGAAGACCAGCUCAAAAACGUCCAUUGCGAUCUGGAAGCCGUCAAGGCUGAAAAGAACGACCUUAACACUAAACUAGUCGAGCUUCAAUUACAGCUUGCGAGAUCUCCCGCGAAGCGGCUGAACAGCUCCUCCGGAGCAGAAGGGUCCAACGCAUCCGGUUACACUUCCGAGGAACUGCACCCUUGCAAUCGUUCAGCCAAACCGAAGGAAACGUCUCGCCUUCAAAACUCGUCACCUGAUUUGGGCAUCGAGAGCGACGCUGGUCGGUUGUCCAACACCGAAUCAAACCGCCGGGAGCAGACGGCAGCUGAUAGUUCAACCAGUCCCGCUAGGCCACUGCUGAAGACACUCGAGCUGACGAAGUCGAUGAGCAAUCUGCUAAUGGAUCCAAAAGAGGAAGCCAAAUGCGGGUUCAACGCGUCAUUGGCCUCGAGUAACGCUAGUAAAGCGGUGGUUCACGAUUGCGCUCAGCUGGAGGCGGACUACGCGGAGCUGAAGCGACGCUACAAGCAAACCCGUCGUCACCUGGAGCUGGCCUACGACAGCAUUAAGUCGUCCAACAAGCGCAAAGAGCAACUCGAGCGCGACAUCAAACAGCAAAUUCAGAAAACGAACGUCGUUCUCAAGACGGUCCGCACCAAUAUGACCAACGAGCUGGAGAAAUCCUCCUCCGGCAGUGCCGUUGUCGAGGGAAGAAAAAGCUGAAACCCCGCUCGCCGGAUCCGCGGCCCACGGCACGACGGCACGCGCCACUAAGACUAGAUGAUAGAGCCAUCCAUUCCUUUCAGAAAUACAUAAAACGGCAGAGUGCGCAGAUCCCAGACGGCCAUUGUUGUGUGCCAUUUUAACAGAACCGACAGAAAAGAGUGUAC